AUGGUGCGCAUCGCCAGCGCGCUCGGGCUGGUGAUGUUCAGCGUGGCGCUUCUCAUCCUGUCGCUCAUCAGCUACGUGUCCAUCAAGAAGGACUUCCUGCUCAGCACCCCCCGCUACGGGCCCAACGGGGGGCCCAGGAUGUACAUGUUCCACGCGGGGUUCCGCUCCCAGCUGGCGAUGAAAUAUCUGGACCCGGCAUUCACUCCUCUGACCAACUCUCUGAGCGAGGACAUGCAGAACUCCUCCAGGUGGAGGUACAACAGCUCUGCUUUUAUUCAGCAGAAGAACGAGAUCUCUCAGUACAUCGACAUCCCGCACAACUUCUCCCUGAUCCGGAGCUCGGUGAGAACCGGUCAGCUGAUGCAUUACGACUACUCCAGCCACAAGUACGUCUUCUCCAUCGGUGAGAACUUCCGCUCGCUCCUCCCCGAGGCGUCGCCGAUCCUCAACAAACACUACAACGUCUGCGCGGUGGUCGGGAACAGCGGCAUCCUCACGGGCUCGCGCUGCGGACCUGAGAUCGAGAAGUUCGACUUUGUCUUCCGCUGCAACUUCGCGCCGACGGAGCUCUUCAAGAAGGACGUCGGGCGGCAGACGAACAUGACCACGUUCAACCCAAGUAUCCUGGAGAAAUACUACAACAACUUACUGACCGUGCAGGACAGGAACAACUUCUUCCUGAGCCUGAAGAAGCUGGACAACGCCAUCCUGUGGAUCCCGGCGUUCUUCUUCCACACGUCGGCCACAGUGACCAGGACGCUGGUGGACUUCUUCGUGGAGCAUCGAGGUCAGCUGAAGGUCCAGCUGGCCUGGCCGGGGAACAUCAUGCAGUACAUCAACAGCUACUGGAAAACCAAGCAGCUGUCGCCGAAGCGCCUGAGCACCGGCAUCCUCAUGUACACGCUGGCGUCGUCCAUGUGCGACCAGAUCCACCUGUACGGCUUCUGGCCCUUCGGCUGGGACCCCAACACGGGCAAGGAGCUGCCGUACCACUACUACGACAAGAAGGGAACCAAGUUCACCACCAAGUGGCAGGAGUCGCACCAGCUGCCGGCCGAGUUCAAGCUGCUCUACAAGAUGCACACGGAGGGACUGCUGAAGCUCCGCCUCACGCACUGCGAGUAG